AUGUUUGGCACGCCGGUUGAGAAUCUGACGGCAAAUCAGAUCAAGGAAGAACUGCGAACUCUAUACGGUGUCAGCGACUUCUCGGGAUGCAUUGAGCAAAAGGAUCUUCAAGAGAAACUUGAAAAAACACGUGAAACGGAGCUCAUCACACACGGACUGAAGUAUGGCCCGCUUCUGCAAAUCGGCAACAGACAAAGCCCCAGUGGUAUUGUGACCCUCACACACGGUUUGGGGGACUCCGCCAAUGGUUGGGAGAGUGUUGCAGUGGAGCUUUCACGGCGCCUCCCACAUCUUUUGUUUUUACUCCCAACAGCAUCCAUGCAGCCCGUCGGUAUUAAUGGAGGAGCAGUUAUGAAUUCAUGGUAUGACAUCAGAAAUGUGAGUUCAGGGAAUGGAGUAACGGAGGAUGCUGAGGCCAUCAUAAUGUCAGCCAAUUACCUCAAAAGUCUCGCAUACACCGCGUCACGGCGCUACCAAGUACCUGCUGGUCGCGUGGUGUAUGCCGGAUUCUCGCAAGGUGCUGUUAUCUCACUCGCCGCAGGCCUGACCGCUCGCAUUGCACCAGCAGGUGUGGCUGCCUUGUCGGGAUAUUUCGCUGCCGCGGAGAAAAUAUUGCCGCAGCUGUGCAACAAAAGUCUACCAGUGCUCCUCUGCCACGGCACGAUGGACAACAUCAUCCCUUUCAGUGCGGCUGAGAAAACUAAGGAAACGUUGGAGAGCCUUGGCGUGGGCCCCGUCACGCUCUAUUCCUACCCAAUGGAGCACUCCUCUCAUCCCAAAGAAAUUAAUGACCUUGAGAAGUUUUUGCAGCAAGUCCUCCCCGGACCUUCAUCGAAAUCGUAA